AUGUUUGAAUUAAGGCUGGUACAAGGCAGUUUGUUGAAGAGGGUAAUUGACGCCAUUAAAGAUCUUGUCAAUGACGCCAAUUUCGACUGUUCUUCCACCGGAUUUUCUCUCCAAGCCAUGGAUUCUAGCCAUGUCGCUCUUGUUGCUCUCCUCCUUCGGUCCGAGGGGUUCGAGCAUUUCCGGUGCGACCGGACCUUUUCCAUGGGUAUGAGUAUUGCUAAUAUGGCUAAGAUGCUGAAAUGUGCCUCCAAUGAUGAUAUUAUUACCAUUAAGGCUGAUGACGGCACUGAUACUGUCACCUUCAUGUUCGAGAGCCCUUCACAAGAUAAGAUAUCAGAUAUCGAAAUGAAACUGAUGGAUAUUGACAGCGAUCACCUGGGGAUCCCAGAUGCCGAAUAUGAUGCAAUUGUUCGAAUGCCAUCAUCGGAGUUUUCUAGUAUUUGUUCAAGUCUUUCCUCGAUUGGUGAUACUGUUACUAUCACUGUGUCAAAGCAAGGUGUAACUUUCUCUACGAAAGGUGACAUUGGAUCUGGAAACAUUACCUGCAGACAGAAUUCCUCAACAGAGAAGCCAGAGGAAGCCACCAUCAUUGAGAUGAAAGAACCAGUUUGUUUGACAUUUGCUCUCAAGUAUAUCACUACCUUCACCAAAGCAACCUCGCUGUCCAGCCAAGUGACCAUUAGCUUAUCCUCAGAUAUGCCAGUGGUGGUGGAAUACAAGAUCGCUGAAAUGGGCCAUGUCAGGUACUACCUGGCUCCUAAGAUUGGAGAAGAAGAGUUAGAGACCAACCCUCAGCCUGAAACCAGGCCUAGAACACAGCCUCCUGCAAUAAACCACACUAAAACCGAGGCUCAAGAAGCUGUGCCUCUGACUAUAACGGGCAACAAGCAAGAAUAUGGAGAAGAUGAAAUUGUAGAAGGUUAUGAAACUGUAGAAGAUUCCCAGGUUAAGAUGGAAACUGAAAGUGGAGCUGAAGUGAAACCUAAAGGGGAGAAAAAGCCAGUGAAGGCAGAAUUAGUUACGGAGCAAGACUUCAAGAUGGAAACUGAUUCUGAGGCUGAGAUUAAGCCUACGACAGAAGCAACCCAACCAAAGGCAGAAGUUGAAGUUAUGGAACUGGAGUGAUCUCUUUGAGCUGAAUCACCUACCUUUAUCUUGAUCUCUUGAAACGUGUUCAUAGUAGACUUAGUAGAGAUUUUUGGCAGCAUUUUAUCUGGCUGGGAAGGUUUUUAGGACCGUUUUGGCAUUUUAUUUGAUUUGAUUUGAUAAUUCUUGGUCCUGAAACCAUUUUGAUGUAAAUCGGUAAUUGGUUAGAUGUAGAAAUUUAGGGCUUUCUUCCCAGAGUUCCCUUCACUUUUGUAGUUGCUGUGUGCUACCAGAAAAACAAGGAAUUGUUGCAACAGGUUUCUAUAUAGAAUGGUCUUUCUACUAGUACUA